CUUGAUUAUUUCUCCAAGCAUGGUGGUGUGCCUAGAACAUUUGAUAUUGAGUCGCAGAGAUAGAAGUUAAUCCAUAGGUCGCGGGUUCGAAUCCUCUGCAGAACGUAUGACUAUCUUUUGAUUGAGUCCUAUGAACCGAAUUGCUGCGUGUCCCUCACUGCUCAAUUGGCUUUCGUGACGAAUAUAUUUAUACCUUUGCAGUCCUGUACCAGUAAGUGCUGACUUCUCCAUGUUAAAAUAAAAUAAUCUCACCAUAGACUUUUAACAGCUAAAAAACAAAGAAAAGUUUAUGUGGUUAACAAUUUCUUUAUCAUCAUUAUUUGUUUUUUUGCAGGGUUUGCAAAUGCGUAUAACGUGACCCCUUUAAAGAUGAAGUCAGGCUACAGGUUUCUUUUUUUAUUAUUAUUGUACUGUCACAUGUGCAAGACAAACAUCUAAAAUUGGUUGAAUCAAAAUCGUUGAGAAUACAAAAAACAUCUACACAGGAAAAUGUUUGCAAGAAUACAGUGAAAACGGUCAAUCCUGUAAAUAUAUGUCCACCGAAUGAAGAGUCAAUGCAAGAAAGGGCAAGAUAUUUAAAUUGUAAAGAUAUUCGUGAUUCGUGUUCAACUGAAGAAUUGGUGUUUCACUGCGUGCCUUCUGCUGACAAAAUUGUGGAAGUUUGUGCUCCGAGAUAUUAUGUUGAUGAAAAAUACUGCGUCCAGUUUGACGAACAAAUAGGGCGCGUUGUUGUAGACUAUAGAGUUCCUUGUCAAGAAUGUCCAUUCCAGCAUUACUCAAACGACUCUGCAAAAUAUACUUCCUGUAACAAGCGAAUACAGGCAUUGUCUAAUGUUCAAAGUAUGAUUUCUACUGAUGUACCCUCUUCAAAAUCCACGGGUCUAGUACAGUCAACACCUGAGUCAAACAUAGGCCUUGGUUCAUCGGGAUUCGGCGUACUUAUGGUUUGUGUUACACUUUUCAUCGUGCUUGGUGUUAUUUGUAUUUCGGUUGCUGUUGGAUUAAACGUUGGUAAAGGAUUUGGUGAAACUGUCGAAAUGUCCAUGAGAAAUGGAUAUCUGGAUCCUCACAAAGGAACCAUGAGUUACCACGCUUUGAAGUAAUUUUACAAGUGGUCAAUAGUUCAAUGGUUUAAAAAAAUCUUUUCCUUGUGUCUUGUGAAG